AUGGCCCAGCAGAGGAAUGGCGGCCAAUGUCACUCUGGAGAGGGGUCCUGGAAUUUACAGGCGAGGGAAAGAAAACGCUGCCCGAGGACGAAAAGGGGGAUGGAUGAUAGAUGCAGAGACCACUGGACGGGGCAAGCAACACACUAUGUUAGCGGCGUCAAAGAGGAGAGCGUUCAGACCGGGCAAAAACCGGGCACAAUGUGCGUUGAUCAGGGGAAUGAGGGGAUAUUGCAUCGUCCCUCCUCAGGGAACCAUCCUACCAAGGGGAUAGAUACAAGGGCGAUGAGCACUGCUGACAAGGAUAGUUUCACUGCCCGCUCGCAGCAACAGAGCUUUUUGCAAGAACCCACAAGUCCAGGAGCUAAAAAAAAAACCCUGUGA